UCUAAUUUUUAAAAGUCAGUUGGUUGCUGGGUAGGUAGGUAAGCCCUGACAUUGGACUACUGCAAAUUGAGGAUUUUAUUCAAUUAAUUACCAGCUAGCUAACUUCUAAAAGGGCCGAUGGAGCUGGCUGUACUGUGUGUUUCCCUUGACCCCCAGAGAGAGCCUGCAGACUGGGAGAGUGGCCGGCACUGACUCCUCUCUCCCACACAGCGCAAGGGGAGCCGAGUAUGUUCAAGUACACCCCUCCCUGGCAGGUACUGUGCAAGAGCAUGGAGCACGAACUCAAGGUCUCUGAGAGAGACAGAGAUAGACAGUGUUUCUCAGUAGGUGUAUUGGUCUUUAUCAUAGGGCAGGUGCUAUCGAGACUGUACCAAAGACAGUGACAGACAGACAAGCGAAACAGCCAACAGAUCCAACAUACAGGCCACAGGAUGGUCCACAGUUGACCCAAGAGGAAAACGAAGCAGUGGACAUCGCUAGACAUCUGUCGGCUAUAGACAACUCGUCAAUCUCACAGGGCCUCGUAGAACCAAAGCUGCCAAUGGAGAACUCGCCCAAAAAAUGGGUAAUAAAACCCUUGUCUCCCAAACUGGGGACGACAAACUAUCCAUGGAAAAUCAAUGACAGAAAGACAGUGACAGAAAGACAGUAUGCUGGGAACUACACAAAUGGCUACAGCUAUGAAGACAUUACAGUGUUGCGGACCCAGUCUUGCGCCACAGUCACGCUGGACCAAGGGGAGGGGCUGGGGGGGGAUGUGGUAGUUCAGGGCAAACAGAUGGCAGUGGUUGAGGAUGAAGGAGGCCUGGUUCGCCCAAUAAGGCCAGAGAGCCCAGGAUCCAGAAGGGGGUUUUACUCCUUUGUAGAGCAGGGCCUUGAAGCAGGCAAGACAGAAGCCUGGAGGACCUCUCCCGAGAGGGAAGCCAAGCUAGCCACCCUGAGGAGAGAAAACGGCUUUGAGGUGCGGGCCUACCAAGAGGAGAAGAGACCGGAGAAGCUUUUCCCCGGAGAAGACAAUGAAGAGUCCAGCUACAAGGUUCCGGUUCACUCUCUGGAAAAAGAGAUUGAUUGUGACAGGCGGGAUAUCAUCCGCACCCAAGCGCCCAAGAAGAAUCCCAUCUUUGCAGAGCAGUGGAGCUCCCUGGAAGGGCUCGAUCUAGCCGGGACACUCAACAACAGCAGGCCUCCAGAAGAGAUGUCCCUUUACUACAGUCCCCUGCCUCCCAGGCAGGGCUCUUCCAUUGACAUAGAGCCUGGGAGUGUGGACACCGAGCAGAUCAACUUUAGCGCCGCACGGCAGCAGUUCCUCUUGAUGGAAAAGUCAAACCAAAGCCCUUUUCUUCAAAGUCCCAGGCAACCACUACAGAUGACGCCCAAAAAUGUUCAGGAGAGCCCACUGUUGGAAGGGAGCACCAUCAAAGCAAUCAAGGUGCAUUACGACAGCCCUGGAGAAAGUAGCCCCAUCCACGACCAACAUCAAGGCCCGGUCAAGGAUGUGGCUUUCACCAUGAAAAGAGUGGGUGCAGAAGAUCAGAUAAAUAAGAACAAGUGGCAGCACUACGUGACCUUCUCUUUUGAUGACCUUGAUUCUGGCUUGGGUGACUAUGGAGCCGGCUACACCAGUGAUGGAAGCCUCUCUAAUGAACUCUCCAGCACCCCAGAUACAGGGCGGAUUUCGAAGCCAAAGUCAGAAACGCCCAUCGAACGGGAGAUCCGCAUCAACCAGGAAAGGGAAGAGAGACUCCGGCAGGAGCGAGGGAUCUCCCGGACGAAUCUGGUGGAGAUGGUAGAUAUCAAGACCAGGCCUGUCCUCUCCCAGACUAGCUCGGCCAAUUCCCCGGUGGUCAGCAGGAGCAAGGAGAAAGGGCGGGUGAGCUUCUUUGUGCAGCGGGAGAUUGAGCGUGAGACCCGCAGGGAAGAAGAUCUCCACCAUGAGGGGAAGGCCCCAGGGCUCUACGACCACGGGAAACCCCAGGAACUAGAAGAACGCAAGAAAAUCUUCGAGCUGCAAGCCGAUGAUGUCCCGGUUACUCCCAACAGGAUGAACAUUUCCGGUAAACUGAUAGAAGCCAGGAAAUCUGAAGAACCGAAGAAAGCAGUUCCGGAAGCAGUCUUGCCAGCUGAGGGCAAAACGACUGCCAGCACUGAGAACUUCUCUGCUGGGCCUUGCUGCCCUCAUCGGCACCCAGAUGAGCCUGUGAGAGAAUCAACAAGCCAGACUCCCGUUCAUGUGGUUAAAAAGGGCUUCAUCACACAGGUUCAAGAUGAAGCAAAGGUGGCGGAGCCAAAUGCCAAAUGGGAGACGUUUCAGCCCCAUCAGGAGACUUUUGAGCCCCAGCCCUCAUCAACGGAGCCCCAGCUGUACCCAGGGAGUCGAUGGGGUGUCAAAGAUUCCCCUGGACUCAGUGAUGGUAGAAACUCCUCAGAGCUCAGUGGUCUUCGAAACGCCUCAGGUCUCUGUGUCAGCGACGAUCUGAAACCACAUCAGAGGGCCCUACCCGGGCUGUUCAACCUGAGAUCCCGCAAGCUGAGUACCCCUGAUGUGAUCCGCCAGGAGAUCGAGGAGGACCUGAAGAGAGAGAAGGAUCUGCGCAGGUUGAGGUGGAGCACCAGCCUGGCUCCCUCUGUAGACCUGGGCCAGGACACCGUGGACAACCCAGCUCCAGCGACCACAACCAGAAACCUGAGCGCAGGUAAAUUGGAGGCCCUGGUAACUCCUAUAAGUGUCCCUUCAUCCCAGUGUCUGACCUCGCGCACUCUGGGUGUUUCCAUGGUGACAGCUCAGCCGUGGGUAGCCCCCCCGUGGCCGGAGUCUCCGCGCACUCCGGGUGUUUCCAUGGUGACAGCUCAGCCGUGGGUAGCCCCCCCGUGUCCGGAGUCUCCGUCCACCCCGAGAAGCUCCGGUCAGCCAGGCCAGGGCACGAGCUUCAAAGGUCUGACCGAGACGCUGCUGGGGGACUUUGAGGAGCGAAGGAUCAAAAUGAAACAUGAGGAGGGAAAGUAUGCUGGUAUUGAACCAAGUGAUGAUGUGAACAACGAGGUGCUGGAAGCCACGCGUGUGACACGACACAAGAACAGCCGUGCCCUGCUCUGGGAGGCAGGCAUGUACUCCAACGAAGCUGAGAAGUGAAGCACCCAGCGCUCUGUAUUGAAACUUGUGCGUUUCACUCUCCCUGCCUGCAAAUGAUGAUGAUCUCCACAAUGCUGCUGGGGGAAACCGCUAUCACACUGCCCCCUGCUGGAGAUCAUGGCUCAAUGUCAUCUCUGGGGUCCUCCAUUACUUAAAUAGGUUACUUAGUUUCUACCAUGUACCUGCCAUUUAUUACUUGGUCUUUAUUUGAUUCGGAACAAUUGUUCAUAUUUCAGACUUUAGCGCUGCCAGCUACUGGAUUCCAGCAUGCAAAGAGAAAUGCACAAGAUUGAAUAAACAGACACAGAUGGUAUUCUCUUCUGAUUUAGGGUGGCAAAAAGGAGUUGAAAGCCUACAGCCUGUUUAAUGUAAUGUGGAAAUUACAGGUGCCAGAUGUGCAAAAUGUCUGAAAACAUGUGUUAAUAUAUUUUGAUGCUGUUGUUGUUAAAGUAAUGUUGACCAAGGUUUUGAAGUCCAUUUGCUUACCUCUUAUUACUGUCACUGGUCCCCCUUUUCUUCCGCUGCUUCCUUGCUUGUAUUUUAUGCUUCAUCUUGCAAUAUUUCAAAGACAGCGGUAUAGCUAAAGAGUUGCUGCUGCUGCUUCCUGGUACCUAAUCACCUCCUGUGCUGGAGUUCAUACUGCGGACGGUGUGACCUACAGCAAAAGGUACCAGGAUGCAGCAGUUCAUCUAUGCCGUUGAACAUGAAUAAUAAAGUGAAGACGCACAAGAUUCUUAGCAGAAUAAAAAGGAGACUUGCAAUAAGAGGAAGGGUUUAACUCGUGGGUUAGCACUCUUUUAUAAUCACAAAAUAACAGUGCAGGUCCUCAUAAUCAUGUACAAAUCACAAGGUUAAAAACGUUGGAAUAAAAUCAAGAGUUUAUCAGAUUAUAUCCAACGUCAAAUAGAAAAACAAAAUCAUCACAGUGGGGAACUGACAUCACACAGCAGCUCCAGGGCGCUUGUGACAGUGAUGCUGUUAUUAGGACGUGAACCUCUUCUGUAUUAGAGCAAUCCCAGCAGGACAACUAGGACUCAAACCCUGGACCUGCAGAACUGGAGGGGUCAAAGCCAAGCUCGCUGCCCCCAAAUACAGAGUGCAUUGCAGAGGAGGGUGGCGUUUUAAUAUACAGUGUAUGAAUAUCUAUAUAUGUAUCUAAAGUACAUAUGCAGAAUAAUGAAUGAAUUUAUUAGGAAUGUAGACUUCCAGAUAUGAUAUUGCCAAAAACUGGGAUUGCAAUUGCUUGAGUGCAGAAGAUUACCGUAUAUAACUGUGUAUAGGUGCUCUCUGUAUUAUGAGUCAGAGAAAACUCCAUUCAGUUGACUUUAAUUAAGACGUUUUAGCCUGUAUAAUAUUAUACUAUGUAGCAGAAUGCAAUGGAGGUUCGUCUAUUGGUUUUUGGUAUUCUGAACUCAAUACAGACAAUUUCGUUUUUCUUCUCAAUCUAACAAUAGGAUCUUUGUUUCUGCAUUCUGAGGACUGAAAACGAGUCAAACUUGAGGGUGUGGUUAGAGCAGUGGGUCUAAGCUUCAACUGCAAUGAACUAUUUCAACCCAAUUUUGUUGGCAACACUGUAGGUGAAAUUUGUUGGGAGCAGAAACCAGACAAAAGCGACACAUUGUGUGACUUGUGACCCAGUUGUGCUUCCUCCUCACACAGCUACCUUCUACCUAUGAACAUGAACACCUCUGCACUGGUACCAUGGUCCUGAUAUAAUACACUCCAGUAAUGUUAGUGCAGCUGGAUGUUUGCAGAAUAGCAGUAUUUUUAUAAUAUUUCUAUUUUUAUAUAUGCAUGAGCUACAUACCAUAUUUUAAUAAACAAAAAAGUAUUUUACAGAAACACUAUUUUUCUGUAAGCCAACAAAGUUGGUGAUAAUGAGUAGCAAAAGCUGCCUGUUUUUUGGGUUUUUUUUCGCAGGUCUCCAUUCUCUUCCAGAAACAGUUGAAGUGGAAGAUGUCACUACACCAUAAAAGCCAGUCUGGUCUGUUUUACAAACAGCCAGUUUGUUUGCUACAGUGUUGGCCAACAAAAUCAUUUGGAUCCUGCAUCAAUUAUCUCCCAAUUACACUGCCUACCAACCUAGAAAUAUUAGUGACUGGUCUGUAUGUUAUUACACUGCCUACCAACCUAGAAAUAUUAGUGACUGGUCUGUAUGUUAUUGCCCCCCAGUGAUAUUCUGGCUUUAGAACACACAGAAAUAUAUAUAUUUGAUUGAAACAGUUCUUUGUUGUUUUUUUUAAGUGACUCAUACUUGACAAGUUGUGAAUAAACUGAUUAAAUUAAAUUAACAAUAAUUUAUAUUUAUGCCUUGUGAGACAAUAAAAUAUGAUAAAGUUG